CAGGCAUCACAGCAGAGGGCCUGACUGAGGAGCGAUCAGAGCUGCAGCAGGAAGAAGUCAUCAACAUGGGGAACUGUUGUGAGAGAGCGCGGGACUUUUUUGGACCACAGAAGAACACCAAUGUGCGGGUCAGUCUGCCGGCUGUCUGCUUCGUCUGGCAGAUAGCCAUGAUUGUGCUGUUUGGAGUUUUCGUCCGGUACAAUCCAGAGUCAAGUGCACGAUGGGUAGAGACCAGACGGCAGCUGAACAUCAGCAGCGACAUCGAGAAUGAUUUCUACUUCAGAUACCCGAGCUUUCAGGACGUCCACGUCAUGAUCUUUGUUGGAUUCGGUUACCUCAUGACCUUCCUGAAACGCUACAGCUUCAGUGGUGUGGGCUUCAACUUCCUGAUCGCCUCCUUCGGUCUGCAGUGGGCUCUUCUCAUGCAGGGAUGGUUCCACUCCCUCGACCCCGCCACCGGAAAAAUCCUCAUUGGAGUUGAGAAUCUGAUCAACGCAGACUUCUGUUGUGCCGGCUCACUGAUCGCCUACGGUGCCCUCCUGGGAAAAGUAAGCCCUGUGCAGCUGCUGGUUCUCACUUUGUUUGGUGUCACGCUGUUCGCUGUGGAGGAAUACAUCAUCCUCGACCUUCUUCAUUGCAGAGAUGCUGGAGGCUCCAUGGUCAUUCACGCCUUUGGAGGGUACUACGGUUUGGCCAUCUCCUGGGUGCUCUACCGACCAAACCUUCACCUCAGUAAACGCCUCCAUGGGUCUGUGUACCACUCUGAUGUGUUCGCCAUGAUCGGCACAUUGUUCCUGUGGAUGUUCUGGCCAAGUUUCAACUCUGCCAUCACCGACCACGGUGACGGACAACACAGAGCCGCCAUCAACACUUACCUCGCCCUCGCGUCCUCUGUUCUCACCACUGUGGCCAUCUCCAGCAUGUCACAGAAAAGAGGAAAACUGGACAUGGUACAUAUCCAGAAUGCCACUCUGGCUGGUGGCGUCGCCAUGGGAACAUCCGCAGAGUUCAUGAUCUCUCCUUAUGGUUCCCUCAUUGUGGGCUUCUGCUGCGGCAUCAUCUCCACCUUUGGCUACCUGUAUAUCUCGCCCUGGCUGGAGAGGGUUCUCAAGCUCCAGGACACGUGUGGUGUCCACAACCUGCACGCUUUGCCAGGGAUGCUUGGUGGCUUCAUAGGAGCCAUUGUAGCUGCGGCAGCAACUACAGAAGUCUACGGCGAAGAGGGGCUCAUAAACACAUUCGACUUUGAAGGGAAGUUUGCAAACAGAAGUCCAGGAACACAGGGAGGCUUCCAGGCUGCUGGGACAUGUGUGUCCAUCGCAUUUGGACUUGUUGGAGGAGUCAUUGUUGGGUUCAUCCUAAGGUUCCCUAUCUGGGGCGAUCCUGCUGAUGACAACUGCUUUGAUGAUGAAGCUUACUGGGAGGUUCCCGAGGAUGAGGAGACUCUCCCUCCUGUUCUGGAGUACAACAACCACAUGAUUCACAAGCACCAAGAAAUAUCUGAGUCAAACUUCUCUGUGGAGCAAAGUUAGAGCUGCACAGCGCGAGAGUUAGUCCCAUGAACUUGUUGCAGCUUUGAAACAAGACAUCAUUUAUGAAGGAGCAAAAGCUACAAGGAAGACGCACUGCCACUGAAGAUGUUGUACCAGUCCUGUUCACAUACUUCAUGUAUGGAAAAUAAUUUGGAAUCAGUAAUCUUGAAGAAACUGAAAUGUGCUACAUCCAUAAGAGAAACCCCCACUUUCAAAGGACUUUAAAUAGCUCUGAUUUCUUUCAUAUGAUGCCCUUUAACUGUUAAAUAUUGUCACUGAUAAUGUUUGUAAUUUUAUUUCUUUUAAAUGAAGAGUCUUUUAAAACACAGUAUGUUGUAUUGCGCGAGCACAAAAGAAGGUAUUAGGAAUCAAAUGAUUUUUUUGUGCUGCCAAAUAGUAUAAUAUUUUAGUUGUAUAUCCUAUUUAGUUCUGUCAUAUCAUGUAUAGAGCUUUGUAAGUUGUACUGUGUGUACAUAUGACUUGUUACAUAACUUGCUUAUUCAUAUGAUGGCAGUUUUGGGUAACUGUAGUUACAAUAAUACAACUUCCAGCAAUUUGACAUGUGCACUAUAUGAGCCUCAGUGUGUCUACUUGUUGUAUUAUUGAAAUAUUAGUUACAUCUGUAAAAAAUCGUAAAUUGUUUUUAAAUAGAAUAAAAUUAAACAUUAAGUUAUAUCGUU